CCCGGGGGACCAAGUUUAUUUGAAAUAUGUUGCAGAACCAAGAUCUUUGCUUGGCGGUAGUGGUUGGCCUAGCCAUUGCUGCUCUUGGCCAAGCUGCUCCUUUGCAGGGAAGAGUCGUCAAUGGCACCAACUCCAGUGUCCUGAAAUAUCCUUUUGUGGUAUCUAUUAGAAGCUAUGAUGGCGCCCAUUCCUGCGGCGGCUCUAUUAUUUCCGAGUACUUUGUGAUGACAGCCGCCCAUUGUACGAAUGGACGCAGUGCGUCUACCCUUUCCGUGCAAUAUGGAGUAACCGACAUUAGCGUCAGUGGUCCAAAUGUCCUGGGAGUGAGAAAGAUUAUUCAACACGAGGCCUUCGACCCUAAUCAUCAAAAUGCCAAUGAUAUAUCCUUGCUGAUGGUGUACAUCCCCUUUAAGUUUGAUGGAAUAAAAGUGGCUCCUGUCAAGCUGCCAACAGUGUCCUUCGCCACACCCCAGUCGGAUGCUGGGGCAGAGGGUGUGCUCAUCGGCUGGGGUCUCAAUGAGACCGGUGGCAGUGUCCAGGAAACUUUGCAGGAGGUGUUUCUGAAGAUUUAUUCGGACGAGGAGUGCACCAGUCGGCAUAAUGGACAAACGGAUCCCAAAUACCACAUCUGCGGCGGAGUGGAUGAGGGCGGAAAGGGUCAGUGCAGUGGAGAUUCUGGUGGCCCCCUCAUGUACAACGACGAGCAGGUGGGAAUCGUUUCCUGGAGUGUCAAGCCCUGCACCGUGGCUCCCUAUCCGGGGGUCUACUGUAAGGUUAGCCAGUACAUCGACUGGAUCAGAAACAAUCAAAUCGCAUAGACUGAGUCACAAAAAAGAAAUGGCUCAAUAAAUUGAAAAGGCAUAUCUUUUCGAACCGCAUUAUAAAUAAUUUUAUUCGAAGUCCCCUUCGGUUCGUGGGGGCCGAUAAGCUAAUUAUCUGCAGCAAUAUACAGAACAAGUAGCUCACUAAUAAAUUAAAUAAAUUAUUAUUUCUAGUCAUAAAUUUAAGCAUCUAGCGACUUGUUCAAGAAUAAUAAUUUGGGUUUUUAGUCGA